AUGACGGACCGUUUAACGGCAGAGGAUGUCUUCUAUGAGCUUUCCACCAUACGAGAUCCAGAAAGGCCGGAUUGCACGUUGGCUGAUCUUGACGUUGUAGCAAUGAACCGCUGCCGUGUCGAAUAUAUUGAAAGUUCGGCUGAUUUUCAAUCGUUGCGCGGGCAGGGGUGCAACGAUAGCGGAAAACCAAGUGUUGUUGUGAAAGUUAUCUUACAACCCACUGUGCCUCACUGUAGUCUCAUGGAGUUUAUAUGUUUAUGUGUUUAUGUAAGGCUUCGGGAGGUGUUUUCCCUGUCGAAUAAUGCAAAGUUCGACAUUACGCUUGUGGAUGGCUCUCACGUGCGGCAGCGUGAAUUAGAAAAACAGGUUGCAGACAAGGAGAGACUGGCGGCAGCAAUGGAGGACAAGGCGCUUCUACAGGAAGUUGAGAGGCAUAUUAAUUGUGAGUGA